GUUCGAAUGACGUCACAAGCUGCAGCUUCAAGAAGGUUUAAAUGAGAGCAGCAGUUCGUUCUUCAUACAUAUCUCUUGCACUUACAAUAAAAACCAACACAGAUCGUCUGUAUCCCGUGACAGUGUGACAGUAGCUUGUAAACCGUCGCGUGGAAUGGAUCGGCGUUCGUUUUUGGUGCGUGUACAAAUACGAAACUGAACAACUGCAACACCAAAGAAAACUUCCCUUCGCUCGUGCAUCAGCGUCAAAACGAAUGUAAACGAUUUCCGCCAGCUCGCGAGGCCGUGUGUUCUCUCGGAGACUACUGUGUAUCCUAACCAAGUGUUGAGUGUCACACACCAUACGACCGAAAAUGGUGCUUUCGGGAUGUUAUGGAUCCGUCAAAUAUGCACUCAUCUUCAUCAAUCUUAUAUUCGGGAUUGUGGGAUUGGCCGUCGUGGGGCUGAUUAUGUGGCUGUUCUGUGGGCAAACAUUUUUAAUGUCCCUCAGCCAUGAACAGCACCAUUUCACCGCUGGCCUUUUCAUACUGCUCGCUGCUGGCCACCUCAUGCUGAUCGUAUCCUUUCUGGGAUGUUGGGGCGCCAUUCGCGGGUCCCAGUGUAUGCUGGUCUGUUUCUUCAGCUGUCUUCUUGUGGUUUUCGUCGCGCAGAUCGCAGCUGGAGCGAGAAUCUGUACUAGCUCUGGCAGCCUCAAGGAUCUGGUCAAGUCUUCCAUGAUAAUUACUGUUAAGAAUAAAUAUGGCGUCGAGGACUCCUACACGCAAACAGUGGAUUCGUUCCAGUCCGAACUUGGAUGUUGUGGAGCUACCGGUCCUUCAGAUUGGGCUGGUAGCAAAUAUUCCACUAAAGAUCCUUCGCUUCCAGUCAGUUUGACCGUUUCCGGAGAUCCGAACAACGUCUAUACAGUACCAGAAUCUUGCUGCAGAACCAAGGACAGUUUAGCUUGUACAGCAGCCAGGGAAAUUAGGGUCGCCAGUGAUGUCAAUGGGGCGAUUUACAAUGAGGGUUGCAUAGACAAGCUGAUAGACGUUUUAAGCAGCCAGAAGAACGUGAUCAUUGGCAUCGUAGCAGCGAUAGGCAUUUUAGAACUCCUCGGGUUGAUAUUCUCGCUUGUGUUAUGCUGUGCAAUCGGAUCAUCCGAUAGAUACAAAGCUUGAAAGAAACGCGUUCCAGAUAUACCAUCUUCCGAUCCAUCCUUACGCCACAUAUCGCUGUGUCAGAACACGUUUUAACCGGUAUAACACUUUGAUCUCUGUGCCAAUUCGAAUAGAUUUUCUGGUAUUUGUCUGUUUGACUGAUCAACGAAUGUCUUGCUACAACCAAGCAGCAUCCGUGUAUAGCUUCAGUAUUUUUUUAGUCGGUACUGUCCGUGAGUAGCAGGCGUCGUCGUAUUAUGAUCCUGCUCAGGGGCAAAAACAACAGUUCUUUUCUACCAAUGUCUAUUUACAUCUUUGUAAUUCUUUUUUAUUUAAAAACUACUCCAUUUUAUAUUUUUACAACCGCCGUUACCUAAUAGGAAAAAAAGAAAACACAAAAAUUACUUAAUAGAAUAUAAACUACAAUUUUCUUCACAUUUUUCUUUGAAACCCAUUUCGUGCGCUCGUCGAGUUUGGAUAGAUUGACAUUGUAUUGGCACUUACGAGAUUGAACCGAAUUGUGCGUUUAUUUAACUCAGUAAAAAGGGAAGUGCACAGUUUCGGUUUGCUUUCUAAGGAAAAAGAAACUCGAACGAGCAUUCAAUAUUUUACAGAAUACCUACCUCAUGGCAAAUAGAUGUGCUAUGUUUCCAUGCAUUGAUCGAAGCUUCACAGAUCUGCAUUUCUAUCAGUAAGGACAUUGCAUUCAUCCAUAGGCGCAACCGUCUUUAGAAACAGAGGAGAGCCUGGCUCAAUUUUUUUUUUUUCGAGGUCACAUAGACUGACUAUUCUCAGCUUAUGACCUAGAUUAAUUAAAUAGAUAAUUUACAUUAUUAAUCUCGAGUCAAAAGAUCUUCAAUGAACCUAAAGUUUUUUAAUCCUGAUGGCAUAGUUCAUCAGGUUACGAAUCCAAUCCCUAGCUUCUAACGACCGUACGAAUUACGUAUGAAUUUCGUGAUCUUUUUCGGUUAUGAUCUGACAUGUAUAGUCAAUGUUGUUACAUUUUGUCAUAGACAAAACUGUCCUUGAAUGGACGAAAUUCCGGUGGGGUGGUUUAGGACGCUGUCUGAUGUGUCCUUUAGAUCUGAUUUGCACGCUGAAAUGCGAGCUUCUUCUUUUCCUCCAUAUCUUCAACCCAACUAGAGCCAUGGCCCUCCCGUUGGCGUUUAUUACACGCCGUCAUUCCCAUAGUAGUCUUCUGGGUGUUCCCAGGAUACAUCGCUUGUCAAUCGCUUUUGUUUGUGCUGUCUGGCGACAAAAGCCUUCCAAUGCUGGGAAUAAGUGGUAGAAACGAUCUUUUACAUUUUCGUUAGGCCAAAGUAGUAGACCAAAUUAUCGUUAGUAUUUGUUAAGGAACGAAUGGAAGAGCGAGAGUGUAGGAGAGUAUGAAUUUGCUUGAGCGAUAAGGAUUCGAAUAUUGUUCUUGUUGCAACUGGUAUAUUUAAUAACAAGAGAUUUUGUCUAUUAUACGCAGGUUACUCUGACUUGGUUCAGUAUGCUCUCUAAACUGCCAAUGGUUUACAUUUCUCGUGAAAAUGGAACAAAGCAUUUUCACUGUAACGAUUUUUGUAUCAUUAGUUACUACCUUUUGGAAACGUUUUUCUGUAUUUCUUUUAUGCGAUUUUUACCAAGCGUACAGCUUUAAAAAAGAAAUGAUAUUAUACAAUGAUCAAUGCAUAUACUUGCGAUCAUUCUGUUGCCAAUGCGCCAGUUUCAACAUACAUACACACGCGUCUAUAUAAAUGUAUACAAAAUAUUAUAUUAUUAUAGUACAUCAUAGAUGCUCCGAAACGAUCGAUCUGAUAAUUAAUAUUGAUGUCCAAAUGAGAUUAUAUUAUUGUAAGAACGCUACUAAAGCGAUUUUGUCUCUUGUAACGUUAUAGUCUAUCCAUGUUAUCUUUAAAGUAAAAAGAAAGUGGCAAACAUUUAACAGAGAGGACAUAGCUAAACAGAAGCAUCUAAUUUUAUAAAACUUUGGAAAUUCGUGUAAUCUAUUUUAUCGGUGUGCAACUCUUCGAAGUUGCAAUAUUUUUUUAAGAAACUGUCUCGUUGGACAGAAUAAUUCGGUAGCGAUUGAUCGGUGCAUUCCCGUGAAAGUUGAAAAAAAAGAAGUUAAAUUGAAUGUUGUAUUAAAGUCGCUACUACUUUAAUACCAAGACUCUUCAUCCUGAAAAAGGUUGUGGUGUUUUUCGAUGUAACGAACAAGAGCUGCUUUUGGAAUAGUUGUGUCUUAUAUAAGUGAUCGAUUGUAUUUGACGAUGAAUGUUUUAUAGAUUAUGUGUAACUAUAGUAAAUAGAAAAGAUGUUUAUUAAUUGUUCAUUUAAUAUUCAUCGUCAAAUGAUCUAGGGUAAGCUAAAGAGAAAUUGAUCUUUGCAUAUAUGUAUCUUGGUGAUGAGUAUGGUACAAAAAAAUUACGAGAAUAUUUCAAUUCUCUUCAUUAGGUUCCAAAUCAAAAUAUACGAAGUGAAGAUCAUAGUGUCUAGUCUAUAAAGGUUGAAUUCCUUAUUUAUCAGAUUAAUUGUGUUUUAUAACUAACGCGUUGCUUAUCAAUUGCUGGACCCACGGAAAUGCAAAUGUAUGAUUUCCGAUCAAAUGAGAUUUAAUGGAUGAGCAAUGUGUUAAUCGAUCGCUUUACAUUGUAAUAUUAUUUCAUGCGUUCCUCUCCCUUUCUAUGAAGACAGAAUAAGAGUGCGUACUGUUCAGUGAAGCAGUGGCAAUGUCACUUCUGUUUACCAGAAAUUCAAUUUAAUUUAACUUAAUCAACGAUCAACAAUAUUCAUUUGUGAUCGUUAACGUUUGAGAAGCUCUAAUUAAGUAUAUAAAUAAUCAUCUGCACGUAUGUACGCAUAUACAUAUAUCUGAUGUUAUAUAUGUAAACAAAAUAAUGCAAUUUGAAGAUAUAGAAACGCUUAUUGAGUAAAAGGACGCGACCAACAAGCAAUGUAAAAAGUGAUGAUCUAAUUGCUGUAAUUACGGGUUUUAUAGUUUCCGAUCUUGAAAUAACUUUGUUAAUUGUAGUUAAUUCCAAAAAAUUUCUUUGUAGUAGCGUAGCAUCAUUUUUUUUUCUACCUUGAAACAAUUAAUAUAUGCGUUAAUCCUUCGUGUUAGCAUGAAAUGUUUCUAAAUGGUUAAUAGACAUUUGAUUUUUCAUUUCUUCACAAUGCAACGUUGUAAUUCUUAAUAGGACUUCUCUUAUUCAAAUAAUUUUACAAAAUCG